AUGCCGAAAGCAUCCUCAGUUGUGGUGCUCCAACUUGUCUUGGCAUCUGCCGAGGAGAUAAAAAAUCUCUCGGAGAUGAUGACGUGGGAUCUGUUCCUGUCCGAACUAAAGGAAGGAAAGAUCCACGAGAUAGUCGCACCAGUUCCAAAAGAGAACGUGGUGGACUGUUGCUCAUCGUCCCCGAUGAACGAGAGCGUCUUGGAGACCGACAAAAAGAAACGGUUCGCUGCUAAGAGCUGGGAAGCCUUGAAGAAAUUCCGAGCCGCCUACCGGCCGCUAGGCGCAUCAGGCACGAGAUUGACUGGGCCUGGUACCAAGUAUUGUGUGACCAGGCAAUGGCCGUUGUCGAAGGAACAAGUCGAUUGCAUCGAUGAGUUCUUCGACGAGCGAGCCAAGGCGGAAGAUGUACGUGAGAGCAAGUCGCCUCAUUGCAGCCCUACCUUUUGUGUGCGUAAAGCCACAGGUGGAUGGCGCGUAAAUCACGCUUACAACAAGCUGAACACGGCCACCAUUCCGGCGAAAAUGCAGAUCCCUCGGAAAGGUUUCCUAUUCGAUUCAAUGGGGAAGUCGACCAUCGUUUCCGCGUUGGAUUUGAAGGAUAGUUAUUAUCAAGUUCUCAUGAGAGAUACUGAUGUAGCCAAAACGGCAAUAUGCACCCCAAGCGGUUUGAUGUAG